AUGGAUGCGCAGGGGCGGGAUGCACCAAGGUUUGUCCCCGCCCUCCUGCACUUGUUGCUACUGUUGCUAAAUAGAUGUCUGCGGGAGUGUGGGACAGAGUCCGGACUAUCUGCGUCUGUCAUCGCCAUCGCCAUGGCUGGACGGCAGCUCCCUGUCUGUGUCCUUCUGUUCCUUAUUUGUAGAGAAGCUUCUGCUUUAAAGAUUCAGAACAAGCUCCUGGGUAGAUGUCUACAGGUGCAGGAUGGGACUCUGGGAGGUCGGGUGUCACUGGGGGACUGCAGUCCACAUGCAUCCACACAGGAAUGGCGUUGGCUGCCUGAGAACCAAGCGCUGAGCAGUCAACACACUGGGGAGUGUCUGAGUGCUCCUGGAGGACAGUAUGAGGGUGUCCACCUGAAGCCCUGCAUCUUCAGGGCUCAGACUGAUGAAACUGGUGGUGGAUUGGCAGCACUGGAUUUGGACAGAGAGGCCAGUAAUCAGGCUUGGUCCUGCUCCAAGAAAGGCCACCUUACUUUGAUCGAGAAUGGUCUACAUCUAAGUGCCACACAAGAAUCCACGUUGGUCUUUCUUUCAAGGGAACAUAAGCAGGGAAGCAGGUGGCGGGCACUUGACAGCCAGACAUUGUGCAACGGAAGAGAUAGCAAACAUCACCAAGACCAACCUGAGAACCAUCUGAGGAAAUCAUCAGAACCUGUGGUUUCUCACACUGCUGUUUCUGCUGUGGAUGAGCAGGCUCAACAUCUUGAAGGUGUAACAGAUGCUGGGGUCACGGGAACAUAUUCUAUAAAUGAGGUGUCUCUUUCAGUUCUGAGUACUAAAUCCCCAGCAGAUCCUACCAUGAUAUUCUUCAGUAUGGACUAUGGUAUGGCCUGGAAAGUAACCAUGUUGGUGUUGAGCUCCUUGGCUCUGGUCCUGGGCACCGUGAUUCUGGUCCUUAAUGUUUACGCCAAUAGAAGGAAGAAGGUGGUGUGUGUUCUGAAGUCAUACACGCCCAGGCAGGAGGUGAGUGUUCCUGGUUCUCCGAUGCCCAGCGAACGAGCACCUCUGACAGAACAUGCCAUGCGCCUCCCACACUCCUCCCCCACUCUACAACGAGGAGAAAUCCUGAUCGAGUGGAAGGAUGGUACUGUUACUCCGCUGUAUGAGGCGUGAAGGUUACAAGAGUGUUUGUGUGUAAAGGUUAAAGAAAAGUUCAAAGAAAAGUCCAAAUGUUUUGUUAUUGAAUAGUCUUUUCAUGGCACAUACUAGAUCGUUUCACAAAGUUUCUGGAAAGUCCAUGGAAUAAGUUCAAAACAUCUGAAUGACUUGGGUGCCAGAGAAGAUAAAAAUUGUUGGGAAUCUUCCAGAACUGGGAAAUUGAUUUGAGAUGGAUGAGGGGUUUUCAGAGGUAUUGAGUGUUUUUCUGCUGAGAAAGUGAGGGAAAGCUUAUUGGAUGACAGGACUUUGGAGAGAAUUUUAUAGCAUUCAGUCUUUGUUUGAAGGCUUCUUAUGGGUACCGUUUAAGGGCUUAACAAAACCACCGGUUAGAUUAAAGUUAGGCUUUUAGUUGGAAACAUACGCAGAAUACUAAUCUUUAUUUCCCUAAACCCAGCUCCACUAAGUAAAGAUUUGUUUUGUCCUGGUUACAUGUUUUUUUGUGCUUUAGAUUCAGCUCAGGUGUGUGUCAGUAUGUGCUUUGUAUUAAUCUGUCAACUCUAUUAAGAACAAAUCAAUACACACCUUGGCUUUUGACAUGCCUUUAAUAUCUGAAUUAACAGAAUAGUACUACAGUUGUAGUUGCAGAUUUCAGUCACCUAUAUCUGUUACAAGAAAUACUACUUGAAGUGUACUUUAUAUUUGUAACCUUAGAAAACAAAUCUAUCUUGCAGACCACUUUAGAUGGAAUUGUUCAUCUUCAGUUUUAUUCACUUCAUUUUUAAUGCACUUUGAGUUAAUAUUGAUGUCUCUAAACUUUAAAAAAAAUGAUAUUUGGAUUGUAUUUUUUGGCUUUGGAAACAUUAAGCAGCAAAAUAACUUUCAGUCAAGGUCCACUUGAGCUUUCAAUCUUCUCUAUAUUUUUGUUAUUACUGUAUUACUGUAAGGACUACAUCCUCAUGGCAGCUUAAGACCAUGAACGCUGUGUGACUCUGCCAAAACCAUUGGGACCAUUGAGUAAAUGGACCUUGAGUGGACAUUGUUUUUUUCCAUUUCAUUCAUAUGUUCUUUAACAUAGAUGAAAAAUAUUUUACAUUUACUAAUUUUUUUUUUUAACUUAAAAAGAUCUGUACUUUUUACAUUGUUAACUUCAUAAUAAAAUGAGAAAUACCGC